GAGAGAAAGGAGGAGCGUGAGGUCACCGCACGCUGCGUCCCCAGGAGGCUUUGCGUGCCCCUCGCUUCCUCUGGGAUCUUCUGAGCGAGCGCGUGAAAGGCUACCUGCAGAGGCCAUGGCGCUUCACGUCCCCAAGGCCCCGGGCUUUGCCCAGAUGCUCAAGGAGGGGGCGAAGCAUUUUUCUGGAUUAGAAGAGGCUGUGUACAGGAACAUUCAGGCUUGCAAGGAGCUUGCCCAAACAACUCGUACAGCAUAUGGACCAAAUGGAAUGAACAAAAUGGUUAUCAACCACCUGGAGAAGUUGUUUGUGACAAAUGAUGCAGCCACUAUUUUAAGAGAGCUAGAAGUGCAGCAUCCUGCUGCAAAAAUGAUUGUAAUGGCCUCUCACAUGCAAGAACAAGAGGUUGGAGAUGGCACGAACUUUGUUCUGGUAUUUGCUGGAGCCCUUCUGGAACUAGCUGAAGAGCUUCUGAGAAUUGGCCUGUCAGUUUCAGAGGUCAUAGAAGGUUAUGAAAUAGCCUGCAGAAAAGCCCAUGAGAUUCUUCCUGAUUUAGUAUGUUGUUCUGCAAAAAAUCUUCGGGAUGUUGAUGAAGUAUCCUCUCUGCUUCAUACCUCCAUAAUGAGUAAACAAUACGGUAAUGAAGUAUUUCUGGCCAAGCUUAUUGCUCAAGCAUGUGUGUCUAUUUUUCCUGAUUCUGGCCAUUUCAAUGUUGAUAACAUCAGAGUUUGUAAGAUUCUGGGCUCUGGCAUCUGUUCAUCUUCAGUAUUACAUGGCAUGGUUUUUAAGAAGGAAACCGAAGGUGAUGUAACAUCUGUCAAAAAUGCCAAAAUAGCAGUGUACUCUUGUCCUUUUGAUGGCAUGAUAACUGAAACUAAGGGAACGGUAUUGAUAAAGACGGCUGAAGAAUUGAUGAAUUUUAGCAAGGGAGAAGAAAAUCUCAUGGAUGCACAAGUUAAAGCAAUAGCUGAUACUGGAGCAAAUGUCAUCGUAACGGGUGGCAAAGUGGCAGACAUGGCUCUUCAUUAUGCAAACAAGUACAAUAUCAUGUUGGUGAGGUUGAAUUCAAAAUGGGAUCUCAGAAGGCUAUGUAAAACAGUCGGUGCUACAGCUCUUCCUAGAUUGACUCCUCCUGUCCUUGAAGAAAUGGGACAUUGUGACAGUGUUUACCUCUCAGAAGUUGGAGACACACAGGUGGUGGUUUUUAAGCAUGAAAAGGAAGAUGGUGCCAUUUCUACCAUAGUGCUUCGAGGCUCCACAGACAAUCUGAUGGAUGAUAUAGAAAGGGCAGUAGAUGAUGGUGUUAAUACUUUCAAAGUUCUCACAAGGGAUAAACGCCUUGUUCCUGGAGGUGGAGCAACAGAAAUCGAGUUAGCCAAACAGAUCACAUCAUAUGGAGAGACAUGUCCUGGACUUGAACAGUAUGCCAUUAAGAAGUUCGCUGAGGCAUUUGAAGCUAUUCCCCGGGCACUGGCAGAAAAUUCUGGAGUUAAGGCCAAUGAAGUCAUCUCCAAACUUUAUGCAGUACAUCAAGAAGGAAAUAAGAAUGUUGGAUUAGAUAUUGAGGCUGAAGUUCCUGCUGUAAAGGACAUGUUGGAAGCUGGUAUUCUAGACACUUAUUUGGGAAAAUACUGGGCUAUCAAACUGGCUACGAAUGCUGCCGUCACUGUACUCAGAGUAGAUCAGAUUAUAAUGGCAAAACUGGCAGGUGGACCUAAAGCUCCUAAACCACAAGGAGAUUGGGAUAAAGAUGACUGGCAAGACGAACUUCAUAUAUAAAUAGCAAAUCAGAUCAUCAUGGCAAAACCAGCCGGUGGGCCCAAACCUCCAAGUGGGAAGAAAGACUGGGAUGAUGACCAAAAUGACUGACUGGCUUAGUUUUUACUAUAGUUGAAGACUACAUUUGUAGUAGUAGUCUAGGAAUUGCCUGAUGUUAUAUUUUCCUUAAAUUAAGAAGUGUUUUGUGUUUAUAUCCUCGGCUGGAUGAUACAAUAAACAUGUUGGUAUCAAAGCC